AGCUUUUAAACUACAGUUUUCUUUUCUACUGGCCUUCCACCCUGUGCACACCAAGAGACUAAAGAAUAGUUUCUGUUGGCAGGCAUCAUGUUAUCGCUUCGCGUUUCUCUUCUGGCCAUAUUGGUAGGCAUGGCCCUUUGCCAAUAUUAUGAAGAUGAAUACGAGUUUGCUGCACAAGUUCAGCCCCCCAGUCCCAAAUGUAACCAGGAAUGUGACUGUCCUAUAAACUUCCGCACUGCCAUGUACUGUGACAGUCGCAAUCUGAAAUUUGUGCCUAUAGUUCCCACUGGAAUUCAGUACUUGUACCUUCAGGACAAUGGAAUUGAAGAAAUAAAGAAAGGAGUUUUUGAUAAUGUCACAGACACUCUACGUUGGCUAGUACUGGAUAAUAACAAUCUAACCAAUGCUAAAAUAGAAAAGGGCACUAUUGAUAAGCUUACAGCCCUGGAGAAGCUGUACUUUAGCAACAACUUAAUCACUGAGCCCAUCAUUCCUCCCUCCAAAUUUCUGGAUGAACUGAAGAUGAUGCACAACAAGUUGACCAAAUUCCCAGGUGGACUUUUGACAGACAAGGAGAAUUUGACAUUAAUCAACCUUCAGUAUAAUGAGCUAACUUCAGAAAGUAUUGCAGGGGCUUUUAAAGGGCCGAAGAAGCUGCUGGCACUUGAUGUGAGCCACAACAAGCUGAAGAAACUCCCGGCCGGAGUGCCCAGUUCACUGGAAAUGCUCUACGCUGAUUACAAUGAUAUAGAGAGUAUUGGAGCCGGGUAUCUGAACAAGCUGCCCGCUCUGCAGUAUCUGCGGUUGUCCCACAAUAAGCUCAAGGACUCAGGUAUUCCUGCAGGAGUCUUCAAUGUGACAACACUGGUGGAGCUGGACCUGUCCUUCAACAAACUGCAGUCCAUCCCUGAGAUCAAUGAGGGUCUGGAGCAGUUGUACCUGCAGGCCAAUGAGAUCACCAAGUUUGAGCUGACCAGCUUUUGCAAGCAUAUUUCUCCCCUCAACUAUUCUCGCCUGAAGCAUCUGCGUCUGGACGGCAACAACAUCACCCACAGCAGCAUGCCUCCAGAAUACUCCAACUGCCUGCGCCAGGCCUCAGACAUCAUGUUUGAGUGAUAGCACUAUAAAGAAGUUCUGGCACUUAUGAGCACCGUCUGCUCUGCAGAACAGCUCAUACCAGCCCGGAUCAAAGGCACAACAAAUAUCAACAUUUCUUUUAACUUUCACUUAAAGCAUUUGAGAGAAAAUAAACAAACUGAAAACA